AUGUAUAGACAAAUACCUUUAUCUGUUGCGUUCAGUAGUGAAAACCCUGACGUCAAAAUAAAGGGGAACAGAGUAACGUUUAAGUUUCCAACAGACUGGAUUGUGAACAUAAAUGAAGAAAAAUAUAUUGGCAUAACAAAUAUGUACAUUACGAGAGCAUUUAGGAAAGUUGACUUUAUACUUCAAGUCGAGAUAGAAAAUGACAACAGUCUUUAA